AAUCUGCGCCGUUCCGUUCUCUGCCCGCAGUCGGAUAGGUCGACUCCCCACCGCUCCGUUCAUUGUUCACUCACCAAUUCAACAUUCCAAAGGCCGGGUCGCCUCGCCUCCUCUUCGACACUGCUCUUUGGUUUCGUGCAAACAGACCACCCAACAACUAAACGUCAUCAUGUACGCCUGCACCAGAUUCAUUGCACCGGUCGCCAGGUCCACCCUGGUUGCUGGAACCAAGACCUACCUCAGACCUUUGAGCAGUGCUGUGCUCAGUCAAAGCCAGUCCCUGCAACAGCAGAACCAAAGGCAGAGCUCUAGCUUGUUACCUGCUGUACGUAGCUUCCAGACAUCUGCUAUUAGCCGUGACAUUGACUCUGCGGCUAAGUUUAUUGGUGCUGGUGCUGCCACCGUUGGUGUUGCUGGUUCCGGUGCUGGAAUUGGAUCAGUGUUUGGUUCUCUGAUCAUCGGUUAUGCCAGGAACCCUUCCUUGAAACAGCAGCUCUUCUCGUACGCCAUUCUGGGUUUUGCCCUGUCUGAAGCCAUGGGUCUCUUCUGUCUUAUGAUGGCUUUCCUGCUUCUCUUCGCCUUCUAAGCCAUUAAUCCUCAAUAAAAUACCAAUAGUUUUAGAGCGUCACUGCCAAGGCAGCGUCUUCUAGCUGCGUGGCGAGGCGGCAGCUGCCUCUGGUGCGCGGGAGCCUGUGAAAUUAUUAAGGAAAUCAGUAACUGUGGUUCGUCGGGAAACGACGGUGCAAUUAAUAGGCAUGUAAAAUCGGGGUUGUACACGUUCUAACAUCAUUCGAACCGUCCGAUCCUGACGGCCUGCGGGACUCGUUCAUAAUUAUUUCAUGGCCUACCGUCUCAUGUAGCGUAACUCACAUUGUUAUCGAGUAAUGAAUUUCAGUGUAAUGAACGAAAUAGGACGUUACUGAAAAUUUAUUAAGACAAAGAAACCUCACAUGCACAUCCAUAUACAUAUGACAUGCAGGCACGAAUCGGGGUAACGCUCACCGCGCCAAGAGUGUCUUGUUACCCGUGUCUCAAUCAUCUUUCCUAUGUCGUUGAAGAAGCACGAUAUUAUUGAGGUAACUCUUCGCAAGAGAAAAGAAACAAAGCUGUACAGUCAUAUGCAAUAAAACAUCUUUGACGUGGGAAUAUCAUCGCAGUCGUCGUCGUUGCUGUCGCCGUCGUAGUUAUCUCCGUGGUCGUCAUCAUCGUCGUCCUUUCAUUGUUUUGCUGCUGUCGAUAUCAUGGUGUUACCGUGUAUUUCAACGUACGCAUUGAACACCUCUUGUCGAAAAUAAAAUAUAUGAUGUACACUA